AUGUAGGAAGAAGACAAAGAGGAAGAAAAGGAAACAAAUUAUAAAAAUGGAAGCGCAGCAAGACCCUGAAAAGCAGAAAGCUCCCAAGCGGAAAUUUCCCAAGCAGCCAAAGAAACAAUCACUGAAAUGGAUACCGCAAGUGGCAAAACUAAAAGCAGCUAAAUCUAAAACAGCAAAACAACAGGCCAUAGAGAAGAAACCCCAGCAGAAGACAUUAUCACAGCCACCCAGUGGUAAGAUGGUACAAAACAAGGAGAAUAGGCUUGCCGGGAAACUCAAGGGGUCCCCCAGUCAGCCAGCCACACCGCAGGGGCAGAGUGUAGCUCAGCCUCCCUGGCCAGAGUUUAGGGGACCCCCAGGUGGAACGUGGCACCCCUAUAGUGAACACACCCAGUCCACAUGGCCCCAGACCCAUCAAGUUAGCAGUGAUGACAAUCCUCCAAUAUCUGACACUGGUGACAGAGGAAGGGGCUUCAAAGCUAGCAGGCCCAGUACAUUUCAUAAGAGCUUUAGGGGAGCUGGAGUAAAUCCUGUGACUCCACCACCAGGCCAGCUGAGAUGGCCUAAAACCAGCCAGUUUGGUUACGAGUUCUAUGGGCAGGCACCCAGUGGGCCCACCCCCAGAAAGACCCAGGAUAUGGACUUCACUAGUGAUCACCUACCUCCAAAAGGAGCGAUCAUCUUCAGCCAAGUGGAGGGACUUCCUGGUAGUACCCCUGCCCCCGUCUCUACCUCCAGCUCAGGUCCCUCUGGUCAGGGUGACAGCGACACUGGCCGGAUACGGAGCGUGGACGUCACUGUGAUGCUGCGUCAGGUCCGGAGAGCCCUGGGAGUGAGGGAGCCCCCAAGAGCCUCUUCCGUCACCCCGACUCUCACCACGACUCGGGGCCAUCGCAAGGGGGCAGAGGUCGAUGAGGGCCAAACCAAAAGGACACAGAGGACCAAGCGCGGAGAGGCGGCCACACCUCCACGUUCCGCAGUCAGCCAGUUCACCAGCCUCCCCUCCACCACCUCCUCCCUGCAGUCCCCACAGGUUAGUACUACCAGAUCUGUGGCUUCAAGUGAAACGUGGCCUCUCCCUGGCAACCGAGCUCAACGAAGAUCAACCCGACACCCCAAGGUAGAGGAAAACAGUAACUCACAGCCGACGAAUAAAGGUGAGGGAUUGGCUUCCGACACAUACGGUCCGGUUUGCAGCCAAACGGAUCCCCAGGAAGGGUCAACUGUGCCCCGACUGAGCACCCUGGCACUACCCGCCUCUCUGAAGAGGGACUUGACCCGACACAUCAGCAAACCCGGCGCCCAUGAGCCUAACCUGAACGCCGCUCGCCGGAUACGGAAGGGCGAGGGGGAGAAGGAGACGGGGACCGGGGCGGGGCUCAAACCCACGCUGCAGAAGCUGCUCAGCUCAGCGGGGUCACAGAGGAAGGUCAACUGGAGGGAGAUGUACCAGGAGGCCAACCGGAAGAAGCAGGACAAAGUCAAAGGCAUGCCCAGGUGAGGGAGGGCAGCACUUAGGACUGGUUUCCUAAACCCAGGUUAAGCCUUGUCCUGGAGUAAAACACACUUUCAAUGGAUAUUCUUCAUUGAGAAUGGUUGGUUUUUAGUCCAUGACCAGGAAACAUGUCCAGAUUAGCAAUUUGAUUAUUCUGGACCAUUAUGUGUGGGUUUUUUUUUUACGAUGCAGUUUAAGACUAAGAUAAGAUCAAAAUGUCUCUUUUUGACUGUUGCUCUGGAAGCAUGCAUCUGUUUUUCCCACUACGAUAUUCUCUCUAAUUGGAAGGUAAUGGUUUCAUGUUGCAGGUUUGGCAUUGAACUGGUGAAUCCCCCCUCCGACCCAGAGGGCCUGGCCCUGGACGAAGACGAGGACCUCCCCCUAACAGAGGGCUUCCAAUGGGAGUCUGCUUUCCCCGAUGGAGCGCCGCCCCCUGCAGCCCUAUCCACUCCCUCUCUCCCGCAGGCAACGCCUGCCAGUGAUGUCAUCAGAGAGCAACCACCAGAGGCUCGGAUGCUGGGCUCGGAGCAGCCUAGCACUGCACUGUGGGAUAGCAGGUCAUCCCAAGCCCCUCGGUCUUUAUGUGUGAAGACUGAACCAGAGCAGUACAGGGAGGCAGGAGUGGACAAUGAACAGAGCGAGUUGAACACAAAGAGGAAAAAGAAGAAGCGGAAAGCGGUAAGGGGAGGAGUUAUUAGACAAUCAGGCUUCUUUCAAGUCUAUUGAUAUUAACAAAUGUGCUGGCUAGUGUUCACCCUUCUCUUUUGCUCUGUCUUUGUCUUAGUAUAGUGACUUGGUAGACGCCUCUAGUGUGGAUCAGAGUGGGAAAAAGCAAAAGGUUAAGUCAAACAGCGGUAAGUUGUUUCUUAAGAAAUAUUUAGUGAUACCCUCCUUCUUCCUGAAAUAUGCCCAUAUUGUUACUUCUCUGUUUGUGUCUACGUUAUAAUCGGUUCUACCCCAGCUACCAUAAAGAAUGAGCCCGGUAUUGUUAGUGGAACUAUUGUAAACAGCAUGGGUAGUAAUUGCAUAGCUUUAGAUUCUGUCCCUGUAACCCCACCGAACGUAAUAAUUUUUGGUCAUACAUUUUGACAACCACACGGAGGCCAAAUACCCCUGUGCGUUACCUCCAACUCCGGAGGUGCUUGCUGCUCACUAGUCAGUGAAUAAAAUGUCUGCACAGCCGCACUUAGCCAGGAAUGAGCCGGCGUAGAGGGCUCAGGCACCAACGUACAGUCUCUCACCCAAUAGCCAAAUGCGCCGCAUUGGUGACGAGGUUCGGUGGCUUUUCACUGCCGAAUGUAUUUGUUGUCAGAUUUACCUCUCGGCUUGGUUUUGUUUUUGUUACUCUUGAGUCCAUUACCGGUGCCUGGGAUAUGGGUAGCCGCGACUACACGCACUGCAAAGUGAGCGGAAUUAGAUUCCACUCUCAGUGUGGCUUGAACUAUCUCUGCCCAUGUGGAGUGUUGGUCCACCACCCCUGCAAUAGCAGUCAAAGCAGAGGUAGAAAUUACUGCACCUUCAUUACCAUUAUCUGCUAGUGCCAGAUGGGUGUGCAACGCGUCUUCCAUCCUAUCAACGUACUCACUUACCCAGUCCAUUUGAUGCUGAGUACAUCUACUAAUUGUGGUUCUAUCAUUUUUGUUUUUAUGUUGAUAGAACGCUAACAUCAAAACGCUGGUGUAUUGAGCUUUUUAGAUUUUUGUUUUAUGGCCAACUCAAAAUAGCAUCUCUGAAUUCCUUAUUAGAUGGUCAGCAGUUAAUCUGAUCCAGUGUGCUACAUUUUUCCCAUAUUCGAGCAGAAUUGGUAGAUUGCUCGUGUGCCUCUUUCAGCGCCUCUAUGGCUUUGUUAAACUUUUGUACCUCUAGCCCCCCUUUAAAGGGAGGAUCGGGGCCGCCGGUCACCAUUUCAAUAAUUAUUAUUCCGACACCUCUCCCGACGGUGGCUAGGGUGUUUAGAUUUCCUCACCUACGGCUCUAAUACACGCAAUUGUAACUAUUUUUCUAGGUAGUCCACUUCCUGGAGAGUAGUUAUGGUAUAGGUGCCUAAUAAUUUGGUCACGGGACCUGAUACCUUGUAUUAAAAACGCGUCUGACAAUUUACUACUAGAGAAUAUGGGAGACCUAAUGUCUCAUACCAGUGUCACGCCUCAAAUAUCACUGUUGUUGACAACACACAUUACCAAAAUUACUCAGUUGUCUUCCUAUUUCCACAUAAUCUGUCACGGUUCCCCGCUCCAAUCGGGCAUAUACCAACCUCUCUCAUUAUUACUACUGCUAAUACACACAUCACUUUCAAACAACUUUCUAAUAUCGUUUCGUUUUUCCAACCAUGGAGGGUGCCCUCCUCCAGAACUUACAGGCAACCUUCUAUCGCCAUCCACAUUCCCACUCACUGAUCAUGUUUCAUCUUUAAGCACAGAUAUUCUCAGAUAUCUCCUGUUCUCCACCGUAUGCACAUCCUGCCUUUGUCCUUCUACAUGGACUACUUCUCCACAACCUAUCGUACUAGUACACAAGCAUCACAAUUUACCCAUACAUACACUUUAUGGCCUCACGGCCAUCGCGGCUGGGGCUUUCACCCCACUUACGGGUCUGGCAGGGAACCAACCCACUGGGACUUAUCCUAGCCUGGAAUUUACCUUACACCAUAGGUUCACCCACAGCUGACCACCUAUGGCCCUGGGACUUAUCCUCCCUAAGAACUACCCUACCCCGUAAGCUCAAUCUAUGGUGCACACAGGAACCAUCCCACUCGGGACUUACCCCCUAGGGACUUACCCUCCGCAGGGACCACCCUGUUCGGGAUUUACCCUUCCGGUACUUACCCUAUACCAUAAAUCUACAUCCGGUCAUAAUACAAUGGGACUACUGAAUAAGAUCAGGCUUUCUAGGUCAGUAUCCUAUAAUUUGUAUUCAGCCUACGACUAUCAUCUCCCCAAGAUGUCAGAAUGAAUGGUAAAAGGUGUAGGAAAGGGACUGUGCCUACCUUGUUUUGGUGCCGGCUCCUUUUCCACUGAUUCGGACUCUCCAAUUCGACUGUAAAUUGUGGUGAAUCCAUCCAAGAAUCUGAUUUUCUGCCGGAAUCACUGGACCCUAGCGCCGGAUCGCAACCAGCUUGCUGCAACCAAAUGGCUGUUGUCGUUGGCUAAUUACCAUUGCCCCUUAGCAAGCACCAGUUAGCCUUGAGCUAGCCUCGAGCCAGGCCCAUCUCCCGGCUAUCUACCUCUGUCAACCGGACGGGACCUCCUAGUGUUGACACGGAGCCCCGCCGAUCCAACACGACUGGUUUGCCGACGAAAUCGUCUGAUGUGGUUUCAACAGGCUUCCCGUUACGACAGAUCCAUCUGCUAGCCCCGGCCCGCUAGCACAUUCAAGCCGGGCCUCUUGCUCGCCAGUGCUGUAGCAGCCCCCGAACUCUCCUAUUGCUGUUCACCGGACCUUAUGAUAACUCAGCUAUACAGCUGAUGUCUGCUGGACUGUUCCUUUAUACAGUACCGCAUCCUGUUUAUGUUUAGCCUCAGCCCAAACUUUGUCGCCAUUACCAGCUGUUGUCUUAGCUCUCUCGAAUAACACCUGUGAUUGCUUUAUGCCUCUCUCCCAUGUCAAUAUGCCUUGCUUAUUGCUGUUUCGGUUAUUUUUUAUUGUACUAUUUCACUGUAGAGCCCCCAGCCCAGCUCAAUCUGCCUUAGACAGCUCCUUUGUCCCACCCCCCAUACACGCGGAGACCGACUCAAUCGGUGCCUCCAGUGAUGCUAUCUCUUUCAUCGUUACCCAACGCUUAGGUUUACCUCCACUGUACUCAUAUCCUUCCAUAUCCUUGUCUGUACAUAAUGCCCUGAAUCUAUUCUACAACGCCCGGAAAUCUGCCCCUUUUUUUCUCUGUACCCAACGCACUAGAAGACCAGUUCUUAAAGCCUUUAGCCGUAUCCUUAUUCUACUCCUCCUCUGUUCCUCUGGUGAUGUAGAGGUAAAAAAAAUCCACCUUUCCAGAAAUAAGUCUCUCACUGUUGCCGCUUUGCUACAGACUCCCCUCAGCCCCCAGUUGUGCCCUGGACACCAUAUGUGAAUUGCUUGCCCCCCCAUCUAUCCUCAGAGUUCGUACUGCUUGGUGACCUAAACUGGGAUAUGCUUAACACCCCGGCCAACCUACAGUCUAAACUAGAUGCCCUCAAUCUCACACAAAUUAUCAACGAACCUACCAGGUACAACCCAAAAUCUGUAAACAUGGGCACCCUCAUAGAUAUCAUCCUGACAAAUUUACCCUCUAAAUACACCUCUGCUGUCUUCAACCAGGAUCUCAGCGAUCACUGCCUUAUUGCCUGCGUCCGUAAUGGGUCCGCAGUCAAACGACCACCCCUCGUCACUGUCAAACGCUCCCUAAAACACUUUAGCAAGCAGGCCUUUCUAAUUGACCUGGCCCGGGUAUCCUGGAUGGAUAUUGACCUCAUUCCGUCAGUAGAGGAUGCCUGGUUGUUCUUUAAAAGUGCUUUCCUCUCCAUCUUAAAUAAGCAUGCCCCAUUCAAAAAAUUCAGAACUAAGAACAGAUAUAGCCCCUGGUUCUCCUCAGACUUGACUGCCCUUGACCAGCACAAAAACAUCCUGUGGCUUACUGCAUUAGCAUCGAACAGCCCCCGCGAUAUGCAACUUUUCAGGGAAGUCAGGAACCAAUAUACACAAUCAGUUAGGAAAGCAAAGGCUAGAUUUUUCAAACAGAAAUUUGCAUCCUGUAGCAUUAGCUCCAAAAAGUUUUGGGACACUGUAAAGUCCAUGGAGAAUAAGAGCACCUCCUCCCAACUGCCCACUGCACUGAGGCUAGGAAACACUGUCACCACCGAUAAAUCUACAAUAAUCGAGAAUGUCAACAAGCAUUUUGCUACGGCUGGCCAUGCUUUCCACCUGGCUACCACUACCCCGGCCACCAGCUCUGCACCCUCCGCUGCAAUUUGUGGUCCUCUGUAGCUCAGCUGGUAGAGCACAGCGCUUGUAACGCCAAGGUAGUGGAUUCGAUCCCCGGGACCAACCAUACACAAAAAAAUAAUGUAUGCACGCAUGACUGUAUGUCGCUUUGGAUAAAAGCGUCUGCUAAAUGGCUUAUUAUUAUUAUUAUUAUUAUUAAUUAAUUUGCCCAUGCCUCCUUCACUCAUGCUGCCAAACAUGCCCUCGUAAAACUGACUAUCCUACCGAUCCUUUACUUCGGCGAUGUCAUUUACAAAAUAGCCUCCAACACUCUACUCAGCAAAUUGGAUGUAGUCUAUCACAGUGCCAUCCAUUUUGUCACCCAAAGCCCCAUAUACUACCCACCUUUGUGACCUGUACGCUCUUGUUGGCUGGCCCUCACUACAUAUUUGUCGCCAAACCCACUGGUCUCCAGGUCAUCUAUAAAUCACUGCUAGGCAAAUCCCCGUCUUAUCUUAGCUCACUGGUCACCAUAGCAACACCCCACCCGUAGUCUGCGCUCCAGCAGGUAUAUCUCACUGGUCAUCCCCAAAGCCAACAUCUCCUUUGGCCGCCAUUCCUUCCAGUUCUCUGCUGCCAAUGACUGGAACGAACUGCAAAAAUCUCUGAAGCUGGAGACUCUUAUCUCCCUCACUAACUUUAGGCGUCAGUUGUCAGCGCAGCUUACCGAUCACUGCACCUGUACACAGCCCAUCUGUAAUUAGCCCAUCCAACUACCUCAUCCCCAUAUUGUUAUUUAUUUUGCUAAUUUGCACCCCAGUAUUUCUAUUUGCACAUCAUCUUCUGCACAUCUAUCAUUCCAGUGUUAAUACGAAAUUGUAACUAUUUUGCACUAUGGCCUAUUUAUUGCAUUACCUCCAUAAUUUACUACAUUCGCACACACUGUAUAUAUAUUUUCUGUUGUAUUUUUGACUUUGUUUUAUUUACCCCAUAUGUAACUCUGUGUUGUUGUUUUUAUCGCACUGCUUUGCUUUAUCUUGGCCAGGUCGCAGUUGUAAAUGAGAACUUGUUCUCAACUGGCUUACCUGGUUAAAUAAAGGUGAAAUAAAAAAUUAAAAUCCAGCCGACAACGCCAACUGUUAGGUUCUGAACAAACAGAAUAAAAACUCAAACGGAUGACUAGAAAAAGCUCAAACCAAGGUUAUUCAACCCACUGGGUGCUUCAGCUGCAAACACAACAUACAAGUCACACAUAUGCACAUAUUUACACCUUCCGACUAGGCGGAGUCAUCUCCUUGCAUGUCUAAGAUGGACACUCCUUCUCUGUUGUUAGUCAGAAAUACAGUAGGUUCCUCUCACUGGUAUUGUCAUGGCCUAAGUUUAGGACCCUCAUGGGCGUGGAAGUGUGUGUGUGUGUGUGAGAUGGUCUUCGGGUGGGCCCCUGUGGCCCCCCCAAGCAGUGUCUUCUCUCAUCAACUGUUGACCUUGUCUCGAGUUGAGUUCCACAUCCCUCAUGGUCCAGGUUCCGCAGCAACUGGACUGCCUUAUCAAGAACUGAAACUAGACUGUUGCCCUUUGCCUCCCUCCUUAGGAACAUUAAUAUUAAACAAUAACAUAUUUGAACAGAAUAUUACCUUUCUGCACUUCCCCUUUUCUCACCCAGUAACUUUCCAUAUCACUCAGUAACUUUCCAUACACAAAGUUCCUCUUUACCCUUCCUUGACCCCCAACAUAUACAUUUCUUAUACAUGUAAAGUAAUCACUAAGUUCUGGUAUUUUAACAUGAAUAAGUAUAUUUCAAGCUAGAAUCCAACAAUUAUAACUUUGCGCAAUAGAGCUAAAUGUCAACAUGGGCAAAUGUUUCUUUGCUCCACAUGUUCCAUAUCACUGUUGUAACUCAUUUGCACUUCCAUAGUCAGUCGGUGUGAUCACAGUUCUGUGAGUGCAUCUCAAUAGUCCAACGUGGCUUUUUUUCCUUGUCUCCCCUCCUUUACCUGCACUGUGAAAGAACUGGGCAGAACCGGGCAGGGGAAAGACACUCCCCAGUAGGACCGGGAAGUGGUAAGCCACUCUCCAGUAGGGUUGAACCGGGCAGGGGAAAGACACUCCCCAGUAGGACCGGGAAGUGGUAAGCCACUCUCCAGUAGGGUUGAACCGGGAAGGGGGAAGACACUCCACAGUAGGAUUGAACUGGGAAGUGGGAAGUCACUCCACAGUAGGAUUGAACUGGGAAGUGGGAAGUCACUCCACAGUAGGAUUGAACCGGGUAAGGGGAAGACACUCCCCAGCAGGAAUGAACUGGGAAGUGGGAAGUCACUCCACAGUAGGAUUGAACUGGGAAGUGGGAAGUCACUCCACAGUAGGAUUGAACUGGGAAGUGGGAAGUCACUCCACAGUAGGAUUGAACCGGGUAGGGGGAAGACACUCCCCAGUAGAAAUCUACCAUAUUGCUUUGACAUGUCCUGUGUUCUCCAAUUAUUGCUGAUGAAGGAGAUGGGACUGGUAAAGACCCCCACAUUAGACUAUUGAGAUUCACCCUGUGUCUGUUCGGUCGUUGCGUCCUGAUUUACAUCCCUUGUUCUAUAGAAAAUGUCCAGGUGGACCAGCUGCUAGCCGUGUCUCUGAUGGAGGAGGAGCUGAGCGGCUCCCUACAGACCCUGGACACCUCCCUAAUCCAGGCCCGCAACACCCUGCAGGUUGCCUACACAGAGGUGCAGCGCCUCCUACUGGUCAAACAGCAGGUACUACGCCCGGGACGCUCACUAGAUCUACCUGGGUUGUGUUCAGUAGGGACGAAAAGGAAGGAAACCGAGUGAAACGGGGAGGUUCUACCUGGAUUAUUCUAUUAAGAUGCACAUAGGAACGACCCUGAUCACGACCCUGAAAACAAACCUGGCAUAGAGGAUGAAUAGAUGAAGUGUGGCAUCGGUUUCACUUUUGUUGUCUAUGUUUCAGGUUACCACGGAGAUUAACGGUCUCCGAGCCAAGCGUAUUGAGAUCCUGCAGGGGAUGCAAGGGGCGGUGGCAGCCGCUACGGUGCCUAUGGUGUCCACCCAGCACCCCUCAAACCUUCCCCUGCCCAACCUCUGUAUCCCCUCCCCCACCGGAGACACCGCUGCGGCACCCUUGUCUUCCUUUCCCAAUCUGACCCCAGCUUACCCCUCCACCUCCUCUGCCAUGCCCAUCCUAAACCCCACCCCCUCCACCUCAGUGAGCCUGCCGGUCAAAAAAGAGCCUGUCUCUCUCAACAGCCAGUCUCGCGCCACCCCCUCCCACAGUCCUGUCAUUUCCAACACACUCGUGAACCCUCCCUCCACCACCCCUGUCCUCCUUCCCACACCUCUACCCAUACCCAUCCCCGUCAACCCCCCUUCCACCACAGUGACCUUACCUGCAACUACACCACCUGCUUUUGCACCACUCAGCCAGCAAAGGGUGGUGGGUAGCUCCACCUCAGUGUCCACCAGCACCAAGCAGCAGGAGAAGCAGCUGAGGGGGAGGCUGACAGAGCGGCAGAAGAAGCAGAGGGUGGUGGGUAGCUCCACCUCAGUGUCCACCAGCACUGAGAAGCAGCUGAGUGGGAGGCAGAAGAAGCGGAGCGAGGAGGAGGCCGCCAGGAGGACCAUGUCAACGCGGGAAGACGUUCAAGACCAGAGUUCAACCGCCAGUUCCACCACCAGCGACUCUGAGGACUGGGAGGACCAAGAGGGGCUCACCCUCACCUCAGUCGACCUCACACGGGGACGAAAAGACCCCGUAUCGGGGCAGGAGAAGGACGGGGGGAAAGGGGGCGACGAGGGAGACAGCGACUGCUACGUCGAGGCGGUCACUGAAGAGCGCCAGCUGAGAUCCAACAUGGACGUCGUCGCCAUCGAUGACUCGGAUGUCGAGGAGGAGCCGGAGGCUAUUGUUCCCGUCGUCCACACCCCUACUCCCGCACAGCUCCCCUCCACCCCUUCUGCCCCACCUAGGUCUGUGUGUUUGGAGGUGAACUCUAGCAGUACCCAGACAGUCAAGGUAAAAGAGGACGUCAAACUAAAGGACACCAGCUACGGGUUAGUCUCUUUACUGGACAUUUGCCAUAUGGUGUGUACAGGAAUAAACAAUAAUAUAAUCUCAAGGACCUAGGUAUCCAUAACAGUAAUGGAAGCAAACUAGUUUGGUAAUUGCAAGAUCAGUGUAUCCAGGCAUUAUAGUGUAUCCAGGUAUUAUAUUUUAGCCCUUAUCAGCGUAUCAACCCACAUCGUUGCAUUAGAAUCCUGCUCUUUUGAAUGCAAUGUCCCCCCCCCCCUAAUGUGAAAUACCUGUGGCUUCUGUUUCCCCAGCAAAAGCAAGUUACCCCCUGUAACUGUGAAAGAGCAAAAUAGUUCCCCAAGUGAGUUACCUGCUUCAUUUGUCCACUUCCACCACUUUUUGGCUGAAAUGAAAGAUAGGCAAUUAUGCAUAAACUUUGAAUGUUUUGUAUGUCUGUUUGUUUGUAAGUCAGUCUACACGGUGUACGAGUUUCUGUCAGAUAACCAGUAUUUGUGAUAUGGCUCUGUUUCCUGGUUUGACCCUCUAUCUCUCCCCCCUCAGAGUCUGCCGACGUGGCUGAGGAGCAGGAGCUGUCUCUGGGGAGCUUCGAGGGCCACACUGGUGCCGUCCAUGACCUCCAGAUCCACGGGGGCCUCCUGUAUACGUGUUCAGGAGAUAACACAGCACGAGCAUAUUGCCUAGUGGUGCGUAUAUACCAGGUGUAUAGGACAGGGGUCUUCAACCUCUUCUUGCCCAGUGACCCCAUUCCAGGCAACCGGCAACCCAGGGAUCCCCAUUAUAAGUUAGCAAAAAUUCACAUCUUGUCUUAUCAUCAUGUGAUUGAUCAUGGCAAGGAGAAGUAAUCAACAUUUUAAAAUGAAUGGAUUUGGUAGAUCGUUUUUCAAUAUUUUGACCUACCCACAUUAUAAUUGGAGGAAGUCUAAACUCUAACAUAGCUUAUUAGCUAGAAAGGUAACUCGAAACACAUUUUCACUAAGAGCAGCUGUUUAGCUGGUUAAACAAUGGUUUGCCAUGUGUUGGUAAAAAUUGAUGUUCAAGUCAAGAAAGCUUGCCGCACUGGUAGCCUAUUCGCCAGUGCUUUUUCAAAGUCUGUCAGGUACUCCAGUGAGUGUAAUUGGCUCAAAUAAGUGUAAUUUGCUCAAUAUUAGGAGUUGAGAAAUAAAGUUGCCUCGUCCCGCUGCGUCGUCCAUUAUUUCCAAGGUAAUGUACAGAGCGUCAGCAUGUAACCCGCUUAUACCACAGUUGCCAAUUAAAACAAUAUGAAAGCACACAUUUACUUGUAGAAAUACUUUUGUUGUUGAUAUUUUCAUUUUUAUAAGCAAAUUCAUACUUUUUCGUCUUUUGGUUGCCAGUCGUUGGUUCGAUUAGUUCGAUAUUUAGGGACGUGACCCAGUCGUUCGUUCUUUAUAACGUUCUUAUCCCUUGCUUGUUGCUAGCUAGCCAACUAGCUACGGCCACACAGUCACUACCUCUGCAGCCAGAAUAACAGCAAAGUUUAUUCCAUUGCGUUUGUUUAAGCGAUUUAUCCUGCUAAUACCACAGUAGCCAAAGAAAACAAUACUAAGCACACAUUUACUUUGAAGAAUCUCAAAUAUGAAAUAUUUUGAUUUGUUUAACACUUUUCUGGUUACUAAAUGAUUCCAUAUGUGUUAUUUCAUAGUUUUGAUGUCUUCACUGUUAUUCUACAAUGUAGAAAAUAGUAAAAAAUAAAGAAAAACCAUUGAAUGAGUAGGUGUGUCCAAACUUUUGACUGGUACUGUGUAUAUAUAUAUAUUUGUUACUGCUCGACUAAAAAAAUCUCGGUCGACCAACAGCCUAACGACCAAACAAUCGACCAGUCGACUAAUUGGGGUCAGCCCUAAAGCUAAUUCAUACUUUUUCAUAUUUUUUGUUGCUAGAGAUGCGACCCAGUCGUUCUUUCUUUAUGUUCCGUUGCCAUUCUCGCUGGCAAUGUUCCUAUCCCUGGCUUGCUGGUAGCCAGCUAGCUAUGGCUGACACAGUCACGACAUCGGCAGCCAGAAUAACAGAAAAGUAGCUGUUUUCUAUUGACAUUCAUUUGGAUAUAUUCAUAACAUUGAGCUGAUAAUGCCCAAUUUUCCCUGGCAUAGCUAGAAAAGUUUGCCUUCUCGUCAGGGUACUCGUCAACACUGACUGUUAAUUACGAGGAGAUCAUAUUGCAUAUCAAACACUAGGCUAGAAGCUUGCUAAAUAGUUUGUUGCUAGCAAACCUGCCAAUAUGACAACGGAAUUCAGAAGUAUCAGUUGCUGAAAAAUUCAUGUUCAUCACUCACCACGUUAGGUCAUCAGAUGCUCCAAAAAAAAUUCUCUGCAAAAACAAAUAAAUGCUAGCUAGCCACGUUUUUUUCCUCGUUGGACCUGCGUUUACAAUGUAUCCAAUUUCAGUUUGUGUGGUUGUUGGUUUAGCUUUCUGUAACUUUGUAGCAGGCACGGUCUGCAUGUGUAGGCGUAUAUUGCGUCAUGAUUGCAAGGUGUCCCGAUAUCUUUUCCAACUGUCCCGAUAUCUAGUUUUAAUGUUCAUUCUAGAAUGCCCUUCUAGCCAAUCAGAAACGAGUAUUCAACAAUGCUGUGGUAUAAUAAGGCACAAGGGGGUGUGGUAUAUGGCCAAUAUACCAUUGCUAAGGGCUGUUCUUAUGCACAACGCAACGCCUUAUUGCUAUUAUAAACUGGUUACAAACAUAAUUAGAACAGUAAAAAUAAAAAAUGUAUAAUACCCGUGAUAUGCAGUCUCAUAUACCACUGCUUUCAGACAAUCAGCAUUCAGGGCUCGAACCACCCAGUUUAUAAUAAAAUAUAUAUAUUCUUUGUUGUUGCUGACCACCUUCAGUACCUCCGUGGACCCUGGUUGAAUACCGCUGGUAUAGGACAAAGACUGAAGUGGAAUAUACUGUGUAAGGUACACAGUUGGACGAGGGAUGGGUUGGUGCAGUAAUGUGUGGCGACGUUUUGCCUUAAUGCUGGGUCUCUAAGAUGUUGGGAUGUAUGUGCAGCAUACAGACGUAUCCCUUUUACACCGAUAAUAAUGUUGACUACAGAUGUGUUUCACCCCAAAACAUCUUACCAGGACACUAUCCCAGAAAAAGAAAGAGGAGGACUCGGAUGUCUGCAAUGAUCUUUGAAGUUUAUUAGGGACAUUGACUCCGGUACCCCCUGUAUAUAGCCUUGUUAUUGUUAUUUUGUUACUUUUUUUUACUUUAGUUUAUUUAGUAAAUAUUUUCUUAACUCUUAUUUUUCUUAACUGCAUUGUUGGUUAAGGGCUUGUAAGUAAGCAUUUCACCUGUUGUAUUUGGCGCAUGUGACGAAUAACAUUUGAUUUGAUUUGACAAACAGACAGGCUUACGAUGCUGAGAUACUGUAUAUUUGUCCCUGUGUGUGUUCAGAGCAAAGCGUGCCAAGCGGUGUUUGAGGGCCACACCAACAAGAUCAACUGCCUGCUGGUGUCAUCUCUGCCCGGCCUGCCAGCACGUCUCUACACCGGCUCCAGUGACCUCACCAUCCGCUGCUACAGCAUCAAGGUACCACACCCCUUUCAUCACAUAGUGCCUUCAGAAAUUAUUCACACCCCUUGACAUUUUCCACAUUUUUGUUGUGUUACAGCCUGAAUUUAAAAUGGAUUAAAUUGAGAUUUUUUUUUGUCACUGGCCUACACACAAUACCCCAUAAUGUCAAAGUGGAAUAAUGUUUUUAGAAUUUUUUUACCAAUUAAUUAAAAAUGAAAAGCUGAAAUGUCUUGAGUCAAUAAGUAUUCAACCCCCAUAAGUUGCAUGGACUCGCACUGUGUGCAAUGAUAGUGUUUAACAUUAUUUUUUUAUGACUACCUCAUCUCUGUACCCAUACUCAUAAUAUAAUCUGUAAGGUCCCUCAGUCGAGCAGUGAACUUCAAACACAGAUUCAACCACAAAGACCAGGGAGGUUUUCCAAUGCCUCGCAAAGAAGGGCACCUAUUGGUAUAUGGGUAAAAUAUUUAAAAACAGACAUUGAAUAUCCCUUUGAGCAUGGUGAAGUUAUUAAUUACACUUUGGAUGGUGUAUCAAUACACCGAUACAGUCGUCCUUCCUGACCGGAGAGGAAGGAAACCGCUCAGGGAUUUCACCAUGAGGCCAAUGGUGACUUUAAAACAGUUACAGAGUUUAACGGCUGUGAUAGGUAGGGCUCACCCCAUUUAGUCGACUGGUUGAUUGUUUGGUCGAUAGGCUGUUGGUCGACCGAGAUUUCUUUAGUCCAGCAGUCACAAUUUUUUAUGGUGCAAAAGACACCUGUCUGAUUCGUGUCUGUCUCGGUGGACUGAUCCAUUGCGGAGGCCACGGAGAUGGCAUCAUCACUAAGACGUCACUAUAAUAUGUUUAAAAAAUAAUGGUGCAACACAAAUAAAUCUAAUAUUAUUUUAUAACAAAUGCGCUUUCUCUCAUACGGUCGCUGCCCGCGGUUCUGAAACAUAAUCUUCAGUGCGCCAUAGAAUUGGCGCCUUUCCAUAUGUUGCUAUGUGCAUAAUGGCAAAGUUAACCAGCGUAUUGGGAUUGAGAACAAUGCGGCGGAGGCAGCAGCAGCAGAAACGAGGGAACAGCCCAUGCCUUAGCCUAAUUGUCCAAGAAAAUUGAGGAGAGAGGAAACCCCAACUUAAUUAGCUCUAUAAUCAAUAGCCUAACUGUUAAAUGUGCCUGGCUUUAUAAAUCAUCCAUAUAUCUACAGAAAUAAGACAGAUUCUGCUUUUGUUGCCUGUUUGAGUGUUUGUUAAAUAGCCUACUGAUUCCAUGAGCACCAAGCCUCAUGCAACGGCAAAAUGUCGGAUAAAGCAAUUUCACAGAUUCGGCUGUUGUUAAUUUACAUUUACAUUUUAGUCAUUUAGCAGACACUCUAAUCCAGAGCGACUUACAGUUAGUGAGUGCAUACAUUUCUUUUUCUUUUUUCAUACUGGCCCCCUGUGAGAAUCGAACCCACAACCCUGGCGUUGCAAGCGCCAUGCUCAACCAACUGAGCUACACGGGGCUCUUUGCUAUGCUGUAAUAAAGGCUUUAAAAAAAAUUAAAAAUAAACUUUAGGAGACUGGUAUUAAUUAUAAUUUAGUUAGUGUUUACACUGUUCCAAACAGACAGAAAAAUAAUAUUGAAAUAUAACAGCACCUGUGUCACACAUAAUAUGCACGCAGCUCUCGCUCCUAUACCCUUUUCUUGAUCUCAUUUUUAUAGUUAUUAUUACAAUUAUUAUAAUGAUCAUCAUUAUAAUAAUAAUUAAUGUCGUUAUCAUUAGUAGACUUUGUAUAGGAGCCUUGUAUAACCACCAUCGAGCUGUAGGCCAUACGAGAUAUUCUUGCAUUUUAGUUUUUUAAUUAAAUAACCAAAGGGAGCUUUGAAUAUUUAGCCUAAACAAAAAAUAAACCGCAAUUCACGAAUGCAUGAAGCUGUUUUUAGUCUGCUGUAAUAAAGGCUCUAUAUAUAUUUUUUUUGUUAGAACAGACUCUCUGGUACACUUACAGUGGGGGAAAAAAGUAUUUAGUCAGCCACCAAUUGCAAGUUCUCCCACUUAAAAAGAUGAGAGAGGCCUGUAAUUUUCAUCAUAGGUACACGUCAACUAUGACAGACAAAAUGAGGAAAAAAAAUCCAGAAAAUCACAUUGUAGGAUUUUUAAUGAAUUUAUUUGCAAAUUAUGGUGGAAAAUAAGUAUUUGGUCAAUAACAAAAGUUUCUCAAUACUUUGUUAUAUACCCUUUGUUGGCAAUGACACAGGUCAAACGUUUUCUGUAAAUCUUCACAAGGUUUUCACACACUGUUGCUAGUAUUUUGGCCCAUUCCUCCAUGCAGAUCUCCUCUAGAGCAGUGAUGUUUUGGGGCUGUCGCUGGGCAACACAGACUUUCAACUCCCUCCAAAGAUUUUCUAUGGGGUUGAGAUCUGGAGACUGGCUAGGCCACUCCAGGACCUUGAAAUGCUUCUUACGAAGCCACUCCUUCGUUGCCCGGGCGGUGUGUUUGGGAUCAUUGUCAUGCUGAAAGACCCAGCCACGUUUCAUCUUCAAUGCCCUUGCUGAUGGAAGGAGGUUUUCACUCAAAAUCUCACGAUACAUGGCCCCAUCAUUCUUUCCUUUACACGGAUCAGUCGUCCUGGUCCCUUUGCAGAAAAAUAGCCCCAAAGCAUGAUGUUUCCACCCCCAUGCUUCACAGUAGGUAUGGUGUUCUUUGGAUGCAACUCAGCAUUCUUUGUCCUCCAAACACGACGAGUUGAGUUUUUACCAAAAAGUUCUAUUUUGGUUUCAUCUGACCAUAUGACAUUCUCCCAAUCCUCUUCUGGAUCAUCCAAAUGCACUCUAGCAAACUUCAGACGGGCCUGGACAUGUACUGGCUUAAGCAGGGGGACAUGUCUGGCACUGCAGGAUUUGAGUCCCUGGCGGCGUAGUGUGUUACUGAUGGUAGGCUUUGUUACUUUGGUCCCAGCUCUCUGCAGGUCAUUCACUAGGUCCCCCCGUGUGGUUCUGGGAUUUUUGCUCUCCUUUCUUGUGAUCAUUUUGACCCCACGGGGUGAGAUCUUGCGUGGAGCCCCAGAUCGAGGGAGAUUAUCAGUGGUCUUGUAUGUCUUCCAUUUCCUAAUAAUUGCUCCCACAGUUGAUUUCUUCAAACCAAGCUGCUUACCUAUUGCAGAUUAAGUCUUCCCAGCCUGGUGCAGGUCUACAAUUUUGUUUCUGGUGUCCUUUGACAGCUCUUUGGUCUUGGCCAUAGUGGAGUUUGGAGUGUGACUGUUUGAGGUUGUGGACAGGUGUCUUUUAUACUGAUAACAAGUUCAAACAGGUGCCAUUAAUACAGGUAACAAGUGGAGGACAGAGGAGCCUCUUAAAGAAGAAGUUACAGGUCUGUGAGAGCCAGAAAUCUUGCUUGUUUGUAGGUGACCAAAUACUUAUUUUCCACCAUAAUUUGCAAAUAAAUUCAUAAAAAAUCCUACAAUGUGAUUUUCUGGAAUUUUUUUCUCAAUUUGUCUGUCAUAGUUGACGUGUACCUAUGAUGAAAAUUACUGGCCUCUCUCAUCUUUUUAAGUGGGAGAACUUGCACAAUUGGUGGCUGACUAAAUACUUUUUUUCCCCACUGUAUUUAGUGUUUACACUUCCAAACGGUCAGAAAAAAUAAUAUUGUAAUCUAACAGCAACUGUUUGGCACACAUAAUAAUCACGCAACGCUUGCUCCUAUACCCUCCUUUUUCUUGAUCUCCAGUAGUUUCCACAACUAAGUCAAAAUGUCUUCCACAGAUCUGACUUCCCCUUUCCCUCCUCAGCAACCAGUAAACAUUCGCCCAUUUCGAGUUUAUCUGCAGUGCAUCUCCUCCUCAUGGACUGCACCAGAUUUGCCAGUUCUUGCUGUGAGAUGUUACCCCACUCUUCCACCAAGGCACCUGCAAGUUCCCUGACAUUUCUGGGGGGAAUGGCCCUAGCCCUCACCCUCCGAUCCAACAGGUCCCAGACGUGCUCAAUGGAACACAUUUUUUUCGGGGACAGCCCUAGUGAUAGGAGAAAACUGAGGAUGGAUCAACAACAUUGUAGUUACUCCACAAUACUAACCUAAUUGACAGUGAAAAGAAGGAAGCCUGUACAGAAUAAAAACGUACCCAGAAAGACUCACAUCUGUCAUCGCUGCCUAAGGUGGUUCUACGAAGUUUUGACUCAGGGGUGUGAAUACUUGUGUAUUUCAUUUUCAAUAUAGUUGCUAAGAUUUCUUCAAAAAUAUUCACUUUGUCAUUAUGAUAUAUUGUGUAUAGAUGGGUCAUCUUUUGAUUGGAGAAUUCUCAUCCUAUACAUCACUUACCCUCUCCCUACUGCAUAUCUGUUGUGUUCAUCUUCCUCCUGGCCCUCUUCAGUCAAAGAAGUGCCUUGAGCAGAUCUCUCUGUCCGACCGUGUGCUGUGUCUGCACAUUCAUUGGAACAUUCUGUACGUAGGCCUGGCAAAUGGAUCCGUGGUCAGCUUUGAGCUCAAGGUGAGUGUGUCAAGCCUUGAGUCCAGGUCCUGUAUUCAUAAAGCAUCUCAGAGUAGGAGUGCUGAUCUGGGAUCAGGUCCCCCUUAUCCAUAUCAUUUUAUUCUCUCUCCAUUACGAUCAAAAAGGCACAACCGAUCCUAGAUUGGAACUCCUUCUCUGAGACGCUUUGAUUGGUCCAGGUCCUAACCUCUAUUCAACAUAGUAGUUCCUAGUUAUAGCUUGGGUCAGAAUAGGAUACAAACAUUUCCAUUCUCCCUCUCUUUCUCACUCUUCCCCUCCUUCUUCCUCUUCCUCUCCUCCCUCCCUCCCUCUCUCUCCCCUGCAGACCCAGAGGCAGCUGGAUGUGUUUGAGUGCCACGGCCCACGGGGGGUGAGCUGCCUGGGCACGUCCCAGGAGGGAGCGCGGCGGGUGCUGCUGGUGGGCUCUUACGACAGCACCAUCAGCGUACGUGAUGCCAAGAGCGGUCUGCUGCUGCGCUCGCUGCAGGGCCACACCAAGACCGUCCUCUGUAUGAAGGUGAGGAGUCAGGUAGUUCAUAUUAUCUAAAAGGUCAAUGUUAUCGUAUAUCAGCACUGUGUCCUUGGGUCAGGGGUCAAUUCCAUUUUAAUUCGGUCCAUUCAGGGAGUCCAGUGGAAUUGGAAUUGAGUGUUCACUUCCCGAAUUGAAAUGUAAUUGACCCCGACCCUUUACCGAGAACACAUUUCCCUCUUAGGCCAUAUGGACAGGAGGGACCUGAUCCUGGAUCAGCGUUCCUACUCUGACACUGCAUAUUUCAGGGUUUGUUCCCCUGUAGCGGUCUAAAUGUGAUGCAAACAGUGUUUUCUUCUCAUUUUGGGCACUUGAGUUAACACUUGGCAUUUUAAUGUAACGUAAUGUUAAUUUGUUGGUGAUCUUGAAGGGACACCUCUGACUCUGCCUGUCAGGUAUGAUCAUUCUUUCCCCAUUUGUCUGACGUUAGGUGGUGAAUGACCUGGUCUUCAGCGGCUCCAGUGAUACGUCUGUCCACGCCCACAACAUCCACGUGAGUGUCAAACCCUUCCCCUCACUUCCCUUUUUCACAGCAUCAUCGUAACAUUCAUUCCUACAUAAAGGAACGGUCACAUAAUCAUCGUAACAUAUUCAUUCCUACAUAAAGGAACGGUCACAUAAUCAUCGUAACAUUCAUUCCUACAUGAAGGAACGGUCACAUAAUCAUCGUAACAUAUUCAUUCCUACAUAAAGGAACGGUCACAUAAUCUGUGAAUGUAGUUGAUUUAUUUGAUUCCUGUCUUUUUGGUUGACCUCUUCCUCGCUCCCUCUGUCUGUCUGUGCAUGCGUAGACGGGUGAGCUGGUCCGUAUCUAUAAGGGUCACAGCCACGCAGUCACGGCGUUAGCCAUCUUGGGGAAGGUCAUGGUGACAGCCUGCCUGGACAAGUUGGUGCGCGUCUACGAGUUACAGGUGGGUCUGCCUCAUCCUACACUCUUUCAAUGGCUUUAUCCACUCACUCAGAUUACAAGCUUAUCUGUCCCUCACUCUGUCUCUGUCUGUCUCUGUCUCUCUCUGUCUCUGUCUCUGUCUGUUUCUCUCUGUCUCUGUCUGUCUCUGUCUGUCUCUGUCUGUCUCUCUCUGUCUCUGUCUCGCUCUCUCUGUCUCUGUAUCUCUCUGUCUCUGUAUCUCUCUGUCUGUCUCUCUCUGUCUCUGUAUCUCUCUGUCUCUCUCUCUCUGUCUGUCUCGCUCUCUCUCUGUCUCUGUCUGUCUCGCUCUGUCGGUCUCUCUCUGUCUGUCUCGCUCUCUCCGUCUCUGUUUCUCUCUCUCUCCGUCUCUCUCUCUCCGUCUCUGUCUCUCUUCGUCUGUCUCUCUCCGUCUCUCUGUUUCUCUCUCUCUCCGUCUCUGUCUCUCUUUCUGUCUCUCUCUCUCUCUUUCUGUCUGUCUGUCUGUCUCUUUCUCUGUCUGUCUGUCUCUCUGUCUGUCUCUUUCUCUCUCUCUCCGUCUGUCUCUCUGUCUCUGUCUCUCUCUCGCUGUCUCUCUCUCUCGCUGUCUCUCUCUCUCGCUGUCUCUCUCUCUCGCUGUCUCUCUCUCUCUCUCUCUCUCUCUCUCUCUCUCUCUGUCUGUCUCUUUCUCUCUCUCUCCGUCUGUCUCUCUCUCCGUCUGUCUCGCUCUCUCUGUCUCUGUAUCUCUCUGUCUCUGUAUCUCUCUGUCUCUGUCUGUCUGUCUGUCUCGCUCUCUCUCUGUCUCUGUCUGUCUCGCUCUCUCUGUCUCUGUAUCUCUCUGUCUCUCUCUGUCUCUGUCUCUCUCUGUCUCUGUCUCUCUCUGUCUCUCUCUCUCUCUCUGUCUCUGUCUGUCUCGCUCUCUCUGUCUCUGUCUCUCUCUGUCUCUCUCUGUCUCUGUCUCUCUCUGUCUCUGUCCCGCUCUCUCUGUCUCUGUAUCUCUCUGUCUGUCUCUGUCUCUCUCUGUCUCUCUCUGUCUCUCUCUGUCUAUGUCUGUCUCGCUCUCUCUGUCUCUGUAUCUCUCUGUCUCUGUCUGUCUCUGUCUGUCUGUCUCUCUCUGUCAGUCUCGCUCUCUCCGUCUCUGUUUCUCUCUCUCUUCGUCUGUCUCUCUCCGUCUCUCUGUUUCUCUCUCUCUCCGUCUCUGUCUCUCUUUCUGUCUCUCUCUCUCUCUUUCUGUCUGUCUGUCUGUCUCUUUCUCUGUCUGUCUGUCUCUGUCUGUCUCUUUCUCUCUCUCUCCGUCUGUCUCUCUGUCUCUGUCUCUCUCUGUCUGUCUCUCUCUCUUUCUGUCUGUCUCUCUGUCUCCUUGUCUCUCUCUCUGCUGUCGUCUCUCUCUCUCUGGUCUGUCUCUCUCUCUCUGCCCUUCCCUUGUUGGUCUGUCUUCUUUGCCCUUCUUCCUGUGUUUUUUUCGGCCCUCUCUGCCCCGGGUUUUCCUUCUUUCUUCUCUCUCUUCCUUCUCUCUCUGUUCUUCGUCCCUUUUCCUUGUUUUCUCCCCCGCUUUUUUGGUCUGUCUCUCUGUGGGGUCUCUCUGGUCUGUGGUUCUCUUUUUGUCGGUCUUUUGUGUCUGUCUUCUCUGCUUUCUCGGUCUCUUCUGUCUCUCUCUCUCUCUCUGUGUCUCUCUCUCCGUCUGUGUCUGUGUCUGUCUGUCGGUCUCUCUCUCUGUCGGUCUCUCUGUCUGUCGCUCUCUCUCUGUUUGUCUCUGUCUGUCUCUGUCUGUCUCUCUGUCUCUGUCUGUCUCUCUCUCUGUGUCUCUCCGUCUGUCUCCGUCUGUCUCUCUCUCUAUCGGUCUCUCUCUCUGUCGGUCUCUCUCUGUCGGUCUCUGUCUCUCUCUCCUCACUGUCUCUCUCUCCUCACUGUCUCUCUGAAUCAAAUCAUACUUGAUUUAAAGUAUUAAUAGAAGAACAGACACAAUAUAAGAUGAUGAACCAUCUCUGUCCUGCGAUCCUCCCUCUCUUUCUCUCUCCACAGUCCCACGACCGGCUACAGGUGUACGGGGGCCACCAUGACAUGGUGAUGUGUAUGGCCAUCCAUAAGAGUGUGGUAAGGGAGCCUGUUUAGUCAGCCCAAAAGCCAAACCUGGCGCCUGUGGGCCUAGAGGGAAUAUGGAGAACACAUCUACAUGCAGUACAUUGGAAAGGGGACUAAUUUGAAAGCAUUGUACAGUUGAUAGAAUUGACAAAAUUGAAAAGAGAGAAGUUGUUCCGUUUUCUGUGUAUGGACAAUAAACUACUCUUCUCUCCCGAUGCAAUGUAGAUCUAUACAGGCUGCUACGACGGGACCGUCCAGGCCGUGAAACUCAACUUGAUGCAAAACUACCGCUGCUGGGUAAGAAACACACACGCACUGGGAUUUACCUUUAGAAUAUUUCCUAUCAUUUUUGUCUGACAGAUUAAUUUCUGACCUGACCUUUGUGUGCAGUGGCACAGUUGCUCGCUGAUCUUCGGCAUGGGGGAGCACCUCCGGCAGCACCUGCUCACCGACCACAGCAACCCACACCUGCAGACCUUCAAGUGUCGCUGGAGGAAUUGCGACGCCUUCUUCACGACACGAGACUCCUCCCAGCUGGUAAGAGAGAGACAGGCUGACAGGAAGGCUGACUGACGGACAAAGACAGACAGAUAGUAGCUGCUUGGCUAACCUGAAUUACAGAUGGAUUAAUAUUAUAUUAUAGAUUAUUAUCUUGUCAGAAAUGCAGAAUUUGAGAGUUGUUUGUAUAUUAGGAAGAGAGGGGGUUAUUGUUAAUGUCUCAGUAUCUGGUCUCCCCCGUGUCUCUACAGGACCUGCCUAGCCACAUGCAGACACACGUAGAGAUGGACAGCAAGCUGAAGACAUGACAGUAGAGAAUACAUGCUGUUUCUCCAGCGCUUACUCCUGCGGAUGUGCGGUGCUGAGUUUUGACUUUGUGGUCUCUCACCAUUAGAAUCAAUGGCUCCAUACAUGGAGCUAGGGUUGAAUUCUGGCAUUCAUUCUUCAGCUGGGAAGUGGCCCUUGGAUAGUUUGAGUUCGGGCCCCAUUCAGUAGGCAAACGUUGAGGAAGGAUGCGGAUAGAAAUGUCAUAAACUGAACUGUUUUAUUGUUUAGAGUAAUUUCUCGCUUUGUUCAUCCUUUAACCCCCUGCUCUUCCCUUUAUGGUAAGAGGACACAAGUACGACUCCUAAAGGUUGUGUGACAUGUUUUACAUGGACCUUGGCUUACACCAGGGAUCAUCAACUAGAUUAAGCCGCGGCAUUAUUUUAUUUUCUUGAGUGGAUUAACAUAAUUACGAAUAAUUUGUUGACUGCAAAUUGACCGCAAGAAGC